AUGCCUCCUACAUAUUUUCCUCUUCGGUGGGAGAGCACAGGGGACCAAUGGUGGUAUGCUUCCCCGAUUGAUUGGGCAGCUGCUAAUGGUCACUAUGACUUGGUUCGAGAGCUCCUCCGCAUUGACAGCAACCACCUCAUCAAGCUCACAUCUUUACGCCGAAUUCAUCGUCUUGAGACAGUAUGGGAUGAUGAAGCACAGUUUGAUGAUGUAGCCAAGUGCCGUUCAAACGUUGCCCGAAAGCUUUUCUAUGAGUGUGAAUCCAAGAAAGGAAAGAACUCUCUCAUCAGGGCUGGUUAUGGUGGAUGGCUUAUGUACACAGCUGCCUCAGCUGGACAUCUCGGUUUUGUUCAAGAGCUACUUGAAAGAAACCCUCUGCUUGUUUUUGGGGAAGGAGAAUUUGGGAUUACUGAUAUACUGUAUGCUGCUGCUAGGAGCAAGAACACUGAGGUUUUCAGGCUGCUCUUUGACUUUGCUGUUUCGCCGAGAUUUAUGACAGGCAAAGGUGGAGAGCUGGAAGAACACAUUGGGGACAUUCCUUCGGUAUACAAGCGGGAGAUGGUUAACAGGGCAGUUCAUGCUGCUGCCAGAGGAGGAAAUUUGAGCAUUUUGAAGGAGCUUCUUUCUGAUUGCUCAGAUGUUUUGACUUACAGGGAUAUUCAGGGAUCAACUAUCCUCCAUGCAGCAGCUGGGAAAGGGCGGGUAGAGGUUGUGAAGUACCUUUUAGCAUCUUAUGAUAUCAUAAACUCCAAUGACCAUCAGGGCAACACAGCAUUGCAUGUGGCUGCUUCAAGGGGUCAAUUAGCUGCAGCUGAAGCUCUUAUAUCUGCUUCUCCGUCGUCCAUUUCCAUGAGAAACAACUCUGGAGAAACGUUUCUCCACAAGGCUGUAUCUGGUUUUCAAAGUCCUGCUUUCCGAAGAUUGGACCGACAAAUUCAGCUUCUGAAGCAAUUGGUAUGUGGGAAAGCUUUCAAUAUUGAAGACAUCAUCAAUGCCAAAAACAACGAAGGACGGACUGCCCUUCACACAGCAAUCAUUGGGAAUGUUCAUUCUGACUUGGUGCAACUGCUGAUGAUUGCUCAAUCAAUUGAUGUCAAUGCCCGUGAUAUUGAUGGCAUGACAGCACUUGAUUACCUCAGACAAUGGCCUCGUUCUGCAUCGUCUGAGAUACUAAUUAGGCAGUUAAUUUCAGCUGGGGGAAUAUUUGGUUGUCAAGAUUACAAUGCAAGAAAAGCCAUUGCUUCUCGGUUGAAGAUGCAAGGGGAUGGAAGCAGUCCUGGAACAUCAUUUAGAAUUUCUGACACAGAAAUCUUCUUACAUACAGGCAUUGAAAAUGUAUCAGAUGCCAAUGCUGAUCAGCAUAGCACAGGAAACAAUUCACCUUCACCAGAACUGAUCAGCCCAUAUGACCCAACCAAUGAGAACCGCAGCUCAUUCUCUAGUAAAAAACCAGGUUCUGUAAAUUAUGCAGCACAACAAUUGAAACGCGUCAUUGGCUGGCCCCGGAUGAAGGAGAAAAAACCCGAAAGAUUCAAGAAAUCGGUUGAUUUUGGUUCGGUGGAUUCAAACAAGAUAUGCAGCAGCUCAGAUGAGGCACCAACACCACUUCGACAGAGAUUUUCGAAGCCUUCAUCACUUGCGAAUAACAAACGGACACUUUCUGUGAGGAGCAACCAAUCAAGUCCAUCUGCGAAGAAGAGGUUUGCUUGUGGCAUAAGGCAUGGUGUUCUGCAGGCAAUUCCACACAUAACUGUUCCACGUCGGUCGCGCUCUAGUUCAUUUUCAAAAUCAUCAUCAAUCUCUUCACCUAGUUCUCUAGAUAAACAAAAAGGUGUGUACAUUGAAACUGAUACUGCUGGACCAUCUUGGUCAAAUCAAGUAGUUGAUGAUGAAACGCCAAACUUGGGUAAACAAGGCUCCCUGAAUAGAAGGCUGAGGAGCCAGUAUUUCUGUUUUGGUACCUCAGGCCUAUCUGUGAAAAACCCUGUUGGCAGGCAGCAGCAGCAGCAACAGCAGAAUCAAAGUUUCAAGCAUGCUUCUCCUCCUCCUCCUGUUAUUUCAGUGGCUUGA